AAUCUUAGCCGUCCAUCUCUGCCCCUGCAGAUUCAUAUUUGAAAAUCUUAAAUAAAGAAAUCAACAGACUUCACUCUCCGACAGCUCGAGAGAGAGAGAGAGAGAGAGAUCAUUUGAAUGAAAAUUGCAACAAAUUGUCUUGUGUCUGAGAGAGAGAGAGACAGAGAGGUUCUCUACUCGAGAAUGAGUUGCCACUUCAAGAUUUGAUUUUUGUUUUCAAGAUUCUUGAAAUUCCAAAUUAAGCUGAAAUAACCCAAUAAAGUGACUUACAAUUUCAACUUCUCGAGGACUUGGUAUUCUCUUCUUCAACGCUUCUUUCAGAAUGUUGAGGGACUUCAAAUUCUUGCGUCGGAACAGUGGCAAGAAUGCUCGAGCUGAGGAAAUUGAGAAUGUACCAGUGGAUCCGAGGGAUUCAAUGGGUCCUCAAACCAGUACAGACUCAACAAGGCCACCUUUAAACACAAUUCAAGAAGCCACCCGGAAUUUGAAAGGCGGAGCAGAUCAACAAAUGGGUGUUAGGGUUACUAAAAUUGAUAAGACCCCAACUAAACCUAAGGCUAGUCAAUAUUCUGAUAUCACUAAAACCCCAGAAAAGCCUAUAGGUUUACCAAAAGGUCGAUAUGGGUGGACGCAGAAAGCUGAUUCCAGCUCGAGUACUGUGGAAGCAGGGGAUGAAGCAACUACAUGUGGUGUUCAAUCGAGGGCUGGAGCAGUCAAUGCUACUCCUCGGUCCAUGAGGACGAUAGGAAGGGCGAAUUCUGGCUAUUCAGAGAGUCAUUCUAAUCAAACCACACCAUCUAAAAGUGUAACUAAGCCUCCAACUCCUUCAUUUUGUUUAGCUGGUGGUUCCAGGCCUUUAGCAAGUGGAGGUGCCCGGAUGGCCAAUUAUGCAGCAUUGUAUAGGGGAAUACCGAGCAGUGGUAAUUCGUUGACUGUUGUUGAUACAGUUGAAGUUCCUCAUUUUGACCUCAAGGAAAAUCCAUCAUUCUGGAUGGAGCACAAUGUACAGGUUUUGAUACGAAUGCGUCCUCUCAAUAACAUGGAGAGAAGUACUAAUGGGUACAAUAGGUGCUUGAAGCAGGAAAGUGCACAAUGCAUCACCUGGAUUGGGCAACCUGAAACUCGGUUUACAUUUGAUCACGUGGCAUGUGAAACAAUCAACCAGGAAACACUUUUCAAAAUGGUUGGUUUGCCAAUGGUGGAGAACUGUUUAUCUGGAUAUAAUAGCUCCAUCUUUGCAUAUGGACAGACUGGUAGUGGGAAGACACAUACAAUGCUUGGUGAGAUUGAAGAACUGGAAAUCAGGCCGAGCCCCAACCGAGGAAUGACACCGCGUAUAUUUGAGUUCUUGUUUGCAAGGAUAAGAGCAGAAGAGGAAAGUCGAAGGGAUGAGAGACUACAAUACAGCUGCAAAUGUUCUUUUCUAGAGAUUUAUAACGAACAAAUCACCGAUCUCCUUGAUCCUUCAUCCACAAAUUUAAUGUUGCGAGAGGAUAGCACGAAAGGUGUGUAUGUUGAAAAUCUGUCCGAAUUUGAAGUCCAAACUGUGGGUGACAUUCUUAGGCUCUUGACUCAGGGCUCUUUAAACAGGAAAGUAGCAUCAACAAACAUGAACAGAGAAAGCAGUCGCUCCCACAGUGUCUUUACCUGUAUAAUUGAGAGUAGGUGGGAAAAGAACUCUACUGAUAACUUCCGUUUUGCAAGGCUCAAUCUUGUUGACCUUGCUGGUUCAGAAAGACAAAAGACUUCUGGUGCUGAGGGUGAACGUUUGAAGGAAGCUGCAAGCAUCAAUAGAUCUUUAUCAGUUCUAGGUCAUGUAAUAAUGGUUCUGGUGGACGUGGCCAAUGGGAGGCCAAGGCAUGUUCCUUACAGGGAUUCGAGGUUGACAUUUCUACUUCAGGAUUCACUGGGUGGAAACUCAAAAACGAUGAUUAUAGCCAAUGUCAGCCCUUCUAUCUGUUGUGCAGCUGAAACACUGAAUACAUUGAAGUUUGCUCAGCGAGCAAAACUUAUUCAGAACAAUGCUGUCGUCAAUGAAGAUUCUUCAGCAGAUGUCACUGCUCUUAAACAUCAAAUAAGACUUCUAAAGGAGGAGCUUUCUUCUUUGAAACGUCAAAAUGUAUCUAGAGCUUUGUCAUUUGGUCAAACAACUAUUUCAGGAGACUGUAGAAUGGAAGAUGACAGCAGUUAUGCUGAGAAGGAACUUGAGACAGAUCAGCAUGGUAGUUUAAUUACAAAGGAAGCCAAGGGCAUUGUAAGGUUGUCCUCCAAACAGUUGAAAUCACUAGAGACCACUCUAGCCGGUGCUUUAAGGAGAGAGCAGAUGGCCGAAACUUCUAUCAAACAACUUGAAGCUGAAAUCGAGCAGCUUAACCGUCUGGUUCGUCAAAGGGAGGAAGAUAAUAGGUGCAAUAAGAUGAUGGUAAAGUUCAGAGAAGAGAAAAUUCAAAGGAUGGAGUCACUUGUCAAUGGACUAAUACCAGCAGAUAAUUAUUUAUUGGAGGAAAACAGUGCACUUACUGAAGAAAUUCAGUUUCUUCAAGCUAAGGUUGAUAGAAAUCCAGAAGUUACUCGAUUCGCAUGUGAAAACAUUAGGCUUUUGGAACAACUGCGGAGAUUUCAAGAUUUUUAUGAAGAAGGAGAGAGAGAAAUUCUGUUAGCUGAAAUUUCUAACUUGCGGGAUCAGCUACUUACCAAUAUUGAUGGGAGCUUGAAGCAGCACAGCCAUUUGGACAUGAAUAUUCCAUCUCAGGAUUCUACACAUGUUUGCGAUGAGGAAACUGCACUUCAUUCAGAGUUAAAAAAGACUUUGUACGAGUUGGAGGAAUGUCGGACUAACUUAAACUGUUGUUUGGAGAAAAAUGAAAAACUCAGCAGGGAAAUAGAUGAAUUACGAGGUUCAUUAAAUAGCAUCAGUUCUGCUGACAACGAUCACAAUGGUGGGAAUGAAGUCAGAAAGGAGUCAAUACCAGAAGCUCUGGCUCUUGAUGGCAAAUCAACAACUGCUGAUCAGAAAGAGAAGGAAGAUACGAGGAAAGAGGAUAUGAUGAAGAAAGUUGAGGAGAUUAUGGAUUUGCAACUUGAGUUGGACAUUCUGAAAGUUAUAGUUCAAGAAGAAAGGUUGCAUCGCAAUGAAUUGGAGCAAAGUGCUCAAUCCAUGAUGCAAGACCUAGAGUCAUCAAAAGAGCAGCUUCUGUUAGUGACCAAGAAAUGUGAAGAUGUUCAGGCAGAACUCAGGGAAGCAAAAUCCAUUAUUGAAGCUCUUGAAUCCCAACAUCUCUUAGCAAUCACUGAGGUAGAGGAUCUAAGAAACAGUAACAGCCAUUAUGCUGAAUUACUGCAGAAACAGGAGCUUGAAAUCUCUUCCUUGAAAGAGCAAAUGAUUCGUCAAGAAUUGAGAGAUCUCUCAUCUUCGAAGCUCUUAGAAAGUGAUGAUUCUCCCUUGCAAGCAAAGCUUAAAAAGAUGCAUGAUUCCCUUGAGAAGGCCAAAAUGUUGAAUCGGCGGUACCAAAAUGACUGUGAAUUUCAAGUCUCAAAUGAGGAAGCGAUGGAUGAAAUAAGUAGGCAGGCUGAGGCAGAAACUGCUGAAGUGAUUGUAUGCUUGCAGGAAGAACUCCUUCUUCUGCAGCAGGAAGUCAGAAAUAGUAGCUUGAAAGAGAUGGAGAGCACAAAGAGGUUAACUGAGCUGGAAACAGAGGUUAAAAGUUUGGAGGCAAAAUUGUCUUUGAUGACAGAAGAAAAUCGAAAACUUGGUGAAAUUGUACAUGGCAAAGAAAAAGAGUUAAUAGAUAUGUCUGAAGAAUGGGCACAGGUAAACAGCGAGAUUGAAGCUAUUGUAAGUGGGGGGCAUGAGGCUCUCAAAGAUGCCUGUGAGCAACUGGAUUUUAUUUCCAGUACAUUUCCAGAUAAGAGAAGUAGGAUAUCUGAACAAUUUGGCAGACUGACAAAAUGCAUUUUUGAAAAGGAUUUAUUUAUUGAAGAGCUCAAUCAGAGUCUGGAGAAUGCUCUCAACAAAAGAAACGAUAUGGAAUCCAUGUUGAGAUCUCUUAGAGGGGCAGCUUUAGUUAUGACGGAGGCGCACCAGCUAGAUUGCCGUGAAAAGGAUGCUGAGAUACUUUCUUUGACAUCCCAGUUAAGCUCAAAGGCACAUGUCAUCUCAGAACUUGAGAACAAGAUUAAGCAUGGGGAGGAUCAACUCAGAAAGGCGUCGGUCAGUGCAACUGUUGCUUUUGUGGUGGUUAACUGGUUGUCUGAACAGAAUUCCAACUAUAUUGAUGCUUUAAGCCAGAAGGACACACAGCUUAAGGAAUCUCUAGAAACAAGCAGACAGAAGGAUGCUAUUCUCUGUGAUCAGGCCUCAGUAGUCGCUGCUGCAGAGAAUCAAAAUGAGUCUCUUGAGGAGCAAAGACAAAAGCUUGAAGAAAGUGAUCUGUUGAAAACGAUUGAGAAACUUACAGAGCUGCAAGCAGGUGUUUCAACAGUACGUUCGCACCUGAGUGAGUGCGUGGAAAGAAGUGGAAGUCCUGGAAAAGAUAUUAGCAAUGAAGCUGAUGCAUCUUUUUCUUCUGAUUACAAGUUUGAAACACGGACAGGUACUGAGAUAAGACUACACAGCCAGCACCUAGAGUCAUGCAUUUAUAUGGAUAAGUUUGAACAUGAACUUGAAUUUAAAGUGGAGUUAGUAGAUGAUAAAUUACAGAAAAUAGAAGAUGCUGUGCAAGAGUCCUGCAGCUCCUGGUAUGAGCAAAAAAAGCUACUUGAAGCUGAACUUUGUGAUGCUAAGGCAGUGGCGGCCCAGAAAACUACGGAAGCUUUCUGCAUUCUAGCCAAAUUUGAAGAGGUCCAAGACACCAUGAAAGAUGCAGACAUCAUGAUAAAUGAACUGAUGAUAGCAAAUGAAUCCUUAAAGCUUGAUAUUAAAGAGCUUAAGAGGAAGGAGAUCAGCUUAGCUGACCAGAGAGACAUCCUUGUUAAUGAAAAUCAAAGCUUGCAGUCGGCUAAUGAUCUAAAGAACAUGCAUUCCCAAAGACUGGAGCAUGAGUUUGAGUCAGAUCUGGCAAUGAUGCAAAGGCUGGUAUUGGAGAUGGAGGAUAUUGUUUCACAAACAGCAACCACUUCCACAGAUGAGCUGAAGUCUGUAACUACUGAUCUCCUUAUCAUAAAGUCUCAGCUUCAUGAAUCAACUAAGUGCAUGAGGUCAUGGCUUGAGGAGAUCUGGUCAGAUAUUAUCGUCAAGGACUGCGCUCUGUCUGUCUUGCAUCUUUGUCACAUGGGCAUUCUCUUAGAAGCUGCUGCUGGAUUGAAUGCAGAAAAUGGGCUACUCCAUCAUGGGCUAAGUGAAUCUAACUCAUUAAUAUCGAAGUUGAAGGAGCAGAACAUCAAAGCACAGAAAGAGCUUGAAAUGUGCAGAACACUAAAGGGGAAAUUAUUGGCUGACAUUAAAAGCAAUUUUGAUCGCGUAGUAAGGAAAGAGUCUGAUGCAGGGGAAUUCACCUCCAAACUUGGAUCCUUCGAGAAAAAAAUAUUAGAUCUGCAGUUCCAGGAAGAGUCAAUGUUAGCAAGGUCCGAGCAAAUGGGAUCCGAGCUUGUUGAGUUAAUGAAAGAGAUAGAUCUCAGCAACAAAGCUGUCUUGACAUCUGUUAUAGAUCAAGAAAGGGUGCUGAAGGACAAAGAGGAAGCCUUGAAAUCUCUGGAAGAUAGUUUGACAAUGGAAUUUCUUGCAAAAGGCUUUGAGUCAUUAAUUUUGUCAUCCGAGUUAGAAGAGAGCACCAUAUUAAUAUCUGAGUUGGAGAGAAAAACUAAGCAUUUUUGUGAAGUCGCCGAAAGUUUGAAGAGAGAAAUCAUUUUUGGCAACCUAGAUGUUGCAUUAACUGCAUCCAUCCUACUUGACAAGGAGGUUGAGGUUUCUAUCCUACAGCAAGAAGUUGCAGAAGCAGGAAUGAAGCAUCAGAAUAUGUUGGCUGAGCUUACUGAAAUGAAUUCAAUGAUUGCCAAAGUUCACUCUAGAAAUAACGCUCUUGAACAAGAUACUUGCUCACUGAUGGAAGUUUCUUGUUUGAAUGAGACAUUGAAACGUGAACUUGGUGAAUUGGUGGAAGCAAAGACUGUUCUGACAACCCAGGUCCAGGAACUUAGCUCUGAAAAUGAGAAGUUGCUUGAAGAAUUACAAACUAAGGACUCAGCCCUUGAAAGUUCUUCAAGUCGCAUCUUCUUCCUUGACCAACAAAACCAGAUGUUGCAGAAUGAAAGCUGCUUGCUGGAAGCUGCAUCAUGUAGACUUCAGAAUGAUAUGGAAAUGAAAGAUGCAGAAAUUAGCAAAAUGAAUUGUCUUGAAAAGGAGAUUGAAGCACUGCAGCAUGAAAUAACAGAGUUAAAAGGAGAACGUUGCCUACUCUUCCAGGAGUUGGAGGUCAAGAAAGCAGAUAUGGAAUCUUGUGAUCUGAAACCGCAGAUCGAGAGAAUCAAUGCUUUGGAUGCAGAGAAUGCUUCCAUGAGAAACCAACUCAGAUCUCAUGAGAAGUGUACAUAUGACACUUUCGAUAUGGUGCUCAAAGUAAACAGCAUUGGGAGUAAAGCAUUUUAUGCUUUUCAAAAUAGAAGUGCUGAAUUAGAUACCAUGUUACAGGAUAUACAUGAAGAAGUUGAGAGGGGAUCCAAGUUUUUGCAAGAGUUUGAAUCAUUGAAGAAUUUCGCCGAAGAGAUUUUAUUACAAAGCGCUUCCUUGCAAAAUGAGUUAGUUCGGAAGGAUGACAUCAUCAAAGGAAUGCUAUUUGACCUUAGCUUGUUACAAGAAUCGGCGUCUAACCACAAGGAUCAAAAGGAUGAAAUUGAUGAUUUGGUGGCUUCUAUUAGUACUUUGGAAACUGUGCUUGAUGAAGCUGUUUGUAAAGGUCAAGCGCUUGAAGUUCAGUUGCAGGAAAAAAUAAGUAAGAUAGCUCUUUUGGAGUCGGAUAUCUUGCAAAAGUGCAAAGACAUAGAAUUGCUUUCAAGCGAAAACUCGGAGCUGGCUGCCAGUGCCAAGGACACCAUCGAAGCAAAAUGUUCCAUGGAGGAGGAAUUGUUAGAGAAAAGGGAAGUUUGUGAGAACUUAGAAAUAGAACUCACCAAAUUUGGUGAUAUUGUUAGUGAAAUGAACAAUUCAAUCGAAUGCUUGAAGAAAAAUCUGAAUGACGUUACUGGUGAGAGGGAUGACCUCCAUGGAGAAAUUGUCAGAUUGAAAAGGGAGCUAGAUGUGGCACAAACGCUUGCAGAGGAAAGUGAAGCAAUUGCCAUAGAAGCAAAAGAGGUGGCAGAGAUGGCAAAGCUCCAGGCUGAAGAGAAAGAAGAGGAGGUUACAUUGUUAGAGAGGUCUGUAGAGGAACUAGAGUGCACAGUGAAUGUACUAGAAAAUGAGGUUGAAUUUGUCAGAGGAGAGGCUGAGCGGCAGCGUUUACAGAGGGAGGAGCUUGAACUGGAACUUCAUGCUAUCAAGCAACAAAUGAACAAUGUAAAAGGCAGUGAUGUCGACAUGAAAAGGCAUCUAGAGGAGAAAGAAAAAAAUCUUCAAGAAGCCAGUCAGCGCAUACAACUUCUUGAGGGAGAAAUCAUCUCAAGAGAUGCUGAAAUAGCCCACUUCAAGACUCAUAUAUCAGAACUAAAUUUGCAUGCUGAGGCACAGGCUUGCGAGUAUAAGGAAAAGUUCAAGGCAUUGGAAGCAAUGGUAGAAAAAGUCAAGAUGGAUCCCCAUGCCACCCAAGCUCCAACUUUAUCAUCAAGCAAAUUGGAGAAAAAUGCUUCAAAGCCUAGGGGUUCCGGUUCCCCUUUCAAAUGCAUCGGAAUAGGCCUGGUUCAACAGUUAAUGUCUGAGAGGGAUGAGGAUCAUAGUGCAGAAAGACAUCGUAUCCAAGAACUUGAGGCUCUUGCUGCAAGUAGACAAAAAGAGAUAUUCAUGCUGAACUCAAAAUUAGCUGCUGCCGAAAGCAUGACCCAUGACGUAAUACGUGAUCUAUUGGGUUUGAAAUUGGAUAUGAAUAACUACGCGACUCUGCUGGAUAAUCAGCAAGUGCAAAUGUUGACGGAGAAGGCUCGACUCCGUAAUGCUGAUGCUCAGUUCAAGGAGCAAGAGGUUCUUAAGCUGAAGCAACAGCUAAAUGAGUUCAUAGAGGAGAGGAAAGGAUGGAUUGAGGAAAUUGAGAGAAAACAAGCAGAGAUGGUGGCUGCACAGAUUGCACUAGAAAAACUGCACCAACGAGAUCACUUGCUUACAACUGAAAAUGAAAUGAUAAAGAUGGAGAAUGUAAAUCAUAAGAAGAGGGUCAUGGAACUUGAAGCAGAUAUAAAGAAGUUGUCCGGUCAGCAAAACCUUCAACAACGUAUCCACCAUCAUGCUAAAAUAAAGGAAGAGAACAAUUUACUGAAAAAUCAGAAUGAUGACCUUAUUGUUAAGUUGCGGAAAGCUGAAACAAUUCUUUCAAGAGUCAGGGAAGAGCUGGCUUACUUCCGUCAAACUAAUGGAAGAAGCCCCUACAUUAAUUUUGAUAAGGAGCAAAUACUGGAGAACAAGUUGAAGGAAAAGGAAGAUGAAAGACUGCAAUUGGCGCAGAAGUUACUUGGCCUGUGCGCUACUGUGCUGAAGGCUGCUGGAAUAACUACAACAUCCGAGAUAGGGAUCUCAGCAGCUGAAGAAGCACUUGAGCAGCUCAAAAACAAAAUGAAUUCACUGGAAAGAGAACUACAAGAUGCUAAAUUUAAGAAUAAAAUGACUAAUGAACGAAUCCGAUUGUCUGAGAUCAUGCCACAAUCUUCCCCUCUAAGAAUAGAUGAAAAUGGACAGACUUCAAACAGAGGAUCUUCCCCUCUAACAGUCUUUGAUCGGUGAAGCUUCUUUGAUCGGUGAAGCUUCUUUAUCAACUUAAAGAGGCAAAGUUUGUCUGUACAUUGUGUUAGUUUUUUGCUAGCAGUUUGUUCAUAUGUUCUUUUGUAUAUGUAUACAGUUCCCCACAAAAGUUGAAGAUUAUGGAAAUCCAUGAUUUUUGUAAUAUAUUCCUUUGAAAGUAUUUAGGUAAUAUAUGUAAUUCAUUUAUUUGUUAAUCUCCAAGUGUAAACUUCUACAAUGGCAUUUUGGUUUAUGUUGUACAAUCACAGUGCUGUGACAAUUAUGUUUUAUUGGUGAAAAAGACAAUUUGGACGUAAC